AUGCACUUGCGCGUAUUGGUCACCCAGUGCCACUUCCCAAAUCUCCAUGGAUUUGGCUUCUUUGGAAGUAUGGAGCUAUCGAUAUAUUGGAUGUUGGUCUGUGUCCUGUUCAGUGUGCCGCUUGCGGGAUGUUUGGAGAUACACCUUUCGGAUACUUUACAGCCCGGGACCCUUUUGGCAAACUUGUCGCUCGGCCCUGGUUGGACAUAUAAAAUCGACAGGACUUUGUCUAAUAACUUCAUCCAAGGGUUUUUUGAUGUUGAGAGGCACGGUGGGGUUGUCCGUGUGUCCCACAGAGUCCGGUGUGCGCUCACGUCGAGGAGCCCUGCAGUUGUUUAUUUUAGAACAUGUUCCACAACAUCUGGAAACGUAAUUCUGACACAGUUUAAUGUGUUCGUCCACGGCCAGGACUGUUUUAUAAAAUACAAGAGAAAGAACGCGCCAGGUAAGAAGCCAGAUAUUCAAGUUAAAUACCUUUCAAAACUGAAGGCAACUUCCUGCUUACCUGCAGGUAGAUUGCUUUUGAGUGUAACAGAACUUUUGCCUGCCUUUACGCGGAACGCCGUCUUUUUGGACAGUUUGUGUGCAGGGGAAGAGUUGAGCGCAGUGUUCAGAAAUGGGGAUUUGUUCUUGUCCAGUGACUUCUGUUUUGAGAACACAGGACAAUCCGAGGUGAAUUUGCUCUGCGCGUUGCACAGCUCUCCAGGCGGCAGGCUCUCCGUGCGGCUCAAUCUGACUCUCGUCAAAGUGAAUGGACCGCAUGGAUCCCUCUCAGAACAUGUCAGGAGAAAGUCUGACACAUUGAUCCGCCGGAAGCGACAGGCAAACGCGCCUCCCCAGUUCCAGCUCCCCAACUAUCAGGUGUCCGUGCCCGAGAAUGAGCCCACGGGCACGCGGGUCAUCACACUGAAAGCCACUGACCCGGAUGAUGGAGAGGCAGGGAGGCUGGAGUACAGCAUAGACGCCUUGUUUGACAGCAGAUCGAAGGAGUUUUUUCACAUUGACUCUCAGACAGGGAGCAUAACCACCGCCCAGUCACUAGACAGGGAAGUCAAAGACACCCAUCUCUUCAAAGUCACUGUAACUGACAAUGGCUCUCCGAGGAGAUCCGCCAAUUCUUACCUCACUGUCACUGUAAGUGACACUAAUGACCACAACCCUGUGUUUGAGCAAACUGAAUACCGUGUUAAAAUCCGGGAGAAUGUUGAAGUGGGGUAUGAAGUGAUGACAAUCAGGGCCACUGAUGGGGAUGCUCCCUCCAACGCCAACAUGAUUUACAAAAUUUCUAAUGGCAAUGGAGUUAACUCUGUGUUUGAAAUCGACCCCCGGAAUGGACUGGUGAAGAUUAGAGAGAAGCCUGACAGGGAGACCCGAGCCAAAUACCAGCUUAUUGUAGAAGCCAAUGACCAGGGUAAGGAGCCAGGUCCUCGCAGUGCCACUGCCACUGUCAAUAUCUCUGUUGAGGACGAAAAUGACAACUACCCACAGUUCAGUCAGAAGAGGUACACUGUGCAGAUUCCAGAGAAUGUCGCAAUCAACACUAAAGUCGCCCAGGUGGAAGCUACAGAUAAAGAUGAGGGGAAUAACGCUAAAGUUCAUUACAGCAUCAUCAGUGGCAAUGUCAAAGGACAGUUUUACAUUCACUCUCCCACCGGUGUAAUUGAUGUCAUCAAUCCUCUGGACUAUGAGAUGAUUCGUGAGUAUAAUCUAAGAAUAAAGGCUCAGGAUGGUGGAAGGCCUCCUCUGAUAAAUGGCACCGGGAUGGUGGUGGUGCAAGUAGUGGACGUCAACGAUAAUGCCCCCAUGUUUGUCAGUACGCCAUUCCAAGCGACUGUUUUGGAAAACGUGGCAAUUGGUUACUCGGUGAUUCAUAUUCAAGCAAUUGACAGCGACUCAGGGGAAAACGCUCUUCUGGAAUAUCGUUUAACUGGCACCGCGCCUGGUUUUCCAUUCACAAUUAAUAACAGCACAGGCUGGAUAACAGUUAGCGACGAGCUGGACAGGGAGACCACUGAGUUCUACACCUUUGGCGUGGAGGCCAGAGAUCACGGGGUACCUGUGAUGUCCUCCUCAGCCAGCGUCAGCAUCACAGUGCUCGAUGUGAAUGACAACGUACCGACGUUCACAGAGAAGACCUAUGCGCUGAAGAUUAACGAAGACGCUGUGGUGGGGUCCAGUGUCCUGGCAGUGACAGCCGUGGACAGGGACGUCAACAGCGUGGUGACCUAUCAGAUCUCCAGUGGCAACACCAGAAACCGCUUUGCCAUCACUAGCCAGAGUGGAGGCGGCCUCAUCACUUUAGCCCUCCCCUUGGACUACAAGCAGGAGCGCCAGUAUGUGCUAACGGUUACUGCCAGUGAUGGGACGCGCUACGACACCACUCAGGUGUUCAUCAAUGUGACGGAUGCCAACACACACCGGCCUGUCUUCCAAAGUGCGAACUACCAGGUUCUGCUCGGUGAAGAAAGACCAGUUGGCUACACGGUUGUUGUAAUCAGUGCAACAGACGAGGACACGGGAGAAAAUGCUCGCAUCACAUAUGAAAUGGAGGAUAAUGUUCCUCAGUUUAAAAUUGACCCAGAUACAGGUGCCAUUACGACACAAAUGGAGAUUGAUUAUGAAGACCAGGCCUCCUAUACAUUAGCCAUCAUAGCCAGAGACAAUGGGAUCCCUCAGAAAUCUGAUACCACUUAUGUGGAAAUUAUCAUUCAGGAUGCUAAUGAUAACACCCCUCAGUUUCUUAGGGAUAAUUACCAAGGGGCUGUUUUUGAAGAUGCACCUGUCUACACUAGUGUUCUCCAGAUCUCGGCCUCAGAUAGAGACUCCGGCUCAAACGGCAGGUUGAGCUACACGUUUCAGGGUGGGGAUGAUGGAGAGGGAGACUUCUUUAUAGAGCCGUACUCUGGCAUCAUCAGAACUGCUCGCAAACUGGACCGGGAGAACGUUCCUGUUUACAAUCUAAAGGCCUACGCUGUGGACAGGGGGGUCCCGCCACUGAAGGCGGUUGUUCCUAUUCACGUGGUUGUCCAAGACAUAAACGACAACGCUCCCGUUUUUGAGAGGGACGAGUUGUUCAUUGACGUGAAGGAGAACAGCCAGGUGGGUUCAGUUGUAGCCCGGAUCACUGCUUUGGACCCGGAUGAGGGCACCAACGCUCAGAUCAUGUACCAGAUUGUGGAGGGGAAUGUUCCAGAAGUUUUCCAGCUGGAUAUUUUCAACGGCGACCUCACUGCCCUCACAGACCUGGAUUAUGAAACUGAAACGGAGUAUGUCAUUGUGGUCCAGGCCACCUCGGCACCACUGGUGAGUCGGGCCACGGUGCACAUCCGUCUUGUGGACAUGAAUGACAAUAAGCCAGUGCUGCAAAACUUUGAGAUUAUUUUCAACAACUACGUCACCAACAAGUCCAACAGUUUUCCAUCGGGAAUAAUAGGGAAGGUACCAGCUCAUGACCCGGAUGUGUCGGAUAAGCUACGGUACAAGUUUGAAUCUGGGAACGAGCUAAGUUUGCUGCUGUUGAAUGAAGACACUGGGGAUCUGAGAUUAAGCAGGGACCUCGACAAUGACAGGCCCCUGGAAGCACCCAUGACCAUCUCUGUCUCAGAUGGCAUCCACCGCGUUGUGGCCCUCUGCACGCUGCGCGUCACUAUCAUCACCGACGACAUGUUGACCAACAGCAUCACCGUGCGCCUGGAGAACAUGUCCCAGGAGCGCUUCCUCUCUCCCCUGCUCAGCCUCUUCCUCGAGGGCGUGGCUGCCGUGCUCUCCACCAAACGGGAAGCGGUAUUUGUGUUCAACAUCCAGAACGACACCGACGUCCAAGGCUCCAUACUCAACGUGACUUUUUCAGCUCUGCAGCCCGAGGGGGAACAGGGCAAAGGGACGUUCUUCCCGUCUGAGGAGCUGCAGGAGCAGAUCUACCUCAACAGGACUCUGCUCAGGCUUAUAUCCUCUCAGGAGGUUUUGCCAUUUGAUGACAACAUCUGCCUGCGGGAGCCCUGCGAGAACUACAUGAAGUGUGUGUCCGUGCUGAAGUUCGACAGCUCCCCUCCCUUCAUAGCGUCAGAAACGGUUCUGUUUCGGCCCAUCCACCCCAUCAACGGGCUGCGCUGCCGCUGCCCUCUCGGUUUCACGGGAGACUACUGUGAGACGGAGAUCGACCUGUGCUACUCGGGACCCUGCAAGAACAACGGGAGAUGCCGCAGCAGAGAGGGAGGGUACACCUGUGAGUGCAUGGAAGACUUCACAGGCGACCACUGCGAGCUGAACGCAUCAUCAGGAAGCUGUAUCCCAGGUGUUUGUAAGAACGGCGGGGAGUGUGUGAAUCACCUUGCGGGUGGCUUCAUGUGCCAGUGUCCUGAAGGAGAGUACGAAAAGCCCUACUGCGAGAUGACCACGCGCAGCUUCCCCGGACGGUCUUUCGUCACCUUUCGAGGCCUGCGGCAACGAUUCCACUUCACUGUCUCCUUCACGUUUGCCACAAGAGAGAGAAACGCUUUGCUUCUAUACAACGGCAGAUUCAACGAAAAACACGACUUCAUCGCUUUGGAAAUUAUUGACGAGCAGAUCCAGCUCACCUUCUCAGGAGGAGAAACCAAGACCACCGUGGCUCCCUACAUACCAGGCGGGGUCAGCGACGGCCAGUGGCACUCUGUUCAGCUCCAUUACUACAACAUGGAGGGGGUGAGUCUUGUGGACUCCAGCGGGGCUCUGCGGCUCCCGCUCUAUACUGCCUGGCUGAAGCUCAAUCAGAAGGAGCCAAACAUCGGCCGUUUAGGAAUCCCUCACGGACCCUCUGGAGAAAAGGUGGCUGUGGUCGCCGUCGACGACUGCGAUAUCUCCAUGGCGAUCCGCUUCGGAAAGCAGAUUGGCAACUACUCGUGUGCCGCCCAGGGAACCCAGACUGGACAGAAGAAGUCACUGGACUUGACAGGACCCCUGCUGUUAGGUGGAGUUCCCAACCUACCCGAGGACUUCCCCGUCAGGAACAGAGACUUUAUGGGCUGCAUGAGAAACCUCAGCAUCGACAGCAAACCCAUUGACAUGGCUAGCUACAUCGCUAACAAUGGCACCACAGCAGGCUGUCCGGCAAAGACAAACUUUUGCACUAACGACGUCUGUCAGAAUGGAGGAGUGUGUGUCAAUAAGUGGAACACCUACAGCUGCGACUGCCCGAAUGGUUAUGGAGGCAAGAACUGUGAACAAGUAAUGCCAUCCCCUCAGUUCUUUGACGGCCAAGCCCUGAUCUCCUGGAGCGACACGGACAUUACUGUUGCAAUUCCCUGGUACAUCGGCCUCAUGUUCCGAACAAGGCAGCCAGCCGGAACCUUGAUGCAAGCCAAUGCUGGACUGUCAUCCACUAUUACUCUUAUGGUGAGUGAGCAGCAGGUACGCAUGGAGGUGAUGCUGAGACAGCAGCUAGUGGCCUCGCUAGGCUUCCCCCAAGUUAGGGUCAAUGACGGCGAGUGGCACCACUUGCUGGUUGAACUGCGAAGCAUUAAAGACGGCAAGGACAUCAAAUACAUGGCUACUGUGUUCCUGGACUACGGCAUGUACCAGCAGAAGUCAGUGGAAAUUGGUAAUGACCUCCCAGGGUUAAAGCUGCAAACCCUUCACAUAGGAGGUUUGCCUGGAAAGGGAAACCACGUCAACAAAGGAUUUGUUGGCUGCAUACAGGGUGUGCGCAUGGGUGAGACGUCCACCAAUGUGGCCAACGUGAACAUGGCUCGAGGCUUGAAGAUCCGCGUCGAAGAGGGUUGCGACCUGGCCGACCCCUGCGAUUCCAACAUCUGCCCCGAGAACAGCCACUGCAGCGACGACUGGAGCACACACACCUGCGUCUGCGACCCAGGCUUCUUUGGAAAGGAGUGCACAGAUGCCUGCCAGCUCAACCCUUGUGAGCACAUUUCCACCUGCACCCGCAAACCGAGCUCUUCCCAUGGCUACACCUGCGAAUGUGGACAGAACUACUAUGGACAGUACUGUGAAAACAAAGUGGAGAGGCCAUGUCCUCAGGGCUGGUGGGGCAGUCCUGUGUGUGGACCUUGUAACUGUGACACCAGCAGAGGAUUCCACAAAGACUGCAACAAGACCAGUGGAGAGUGUCGCUGCAAGGAGAACCACUAUCAGCCAGAAGGUGAAGACACAUGCUACCCAUGCGAGUGUUUCUCUAUUGGCUCUGAAUCCAGAACAUGCGAUCCAACCUCUGGGCAGUGCCCCUGCAAAGGCGGAGUUAUCGGUCGCCAGUGUAACCUCUGUGAUAACCCCUUUGCUGAAGUCACACCCACCGGAUGUGAGGUGGUGUACGAGGGCUGUCCCAAGGCAUUCGACUCAGGCAUCUGGUGGCCCAAGACCAAAUUUGGACUCCCUGCAGCCAUGAACUGUCCCAAAGGAUCCAUAGGUACCGCCAUCCGCCACUGCAGCAAUGAAAAGGGCUGGUUGUCCCCUGAACUCUUCAACUGCACCACUAUCACCUUCUCCCAUCUCAUGAAACUGAACGAAUACCUGCAUCGCAACACCUCCAGGAUGGACAGUGAACACUCCAAGAACAUUGCGCAUUUGCUCUACGGCGCCACCAAUAACAAGCAUUACUACGGCAACGACGUGAAGACGGCCGCCCAACUUUUGAACCGGGUGCUGCAGUACGAGAGCCGGCAGUCGGGGUUCAAACUCACUGCCAUGAGGGAUGCAGAGUUCAAUGAGAACGUGGUGCGAGCAGGUAGCGCCUUGCUGGACCCUGACAACAAGGAUCACUGGGAGUUCAUGCAGAAGACUGAAGGUGGCACAGCUCACCUGCUGCGUAACUUCGAGGACUAUGCCAACACCUUGGCGCAGAACGUUAGGAAAACCUACCUGAAACCCUUCACCAUCGUUACAGAAAACAUGAUUCUUACCGUGGACUACUUGGAUGUGUUGGACCCUGAGAGGGCGACUUUACCUCGAUUUCCCGAAAUCCAGGAGCCCUAUUCUAGAGAACUUGGGUCCUCCAUCCACUUCCCCCAGUUCAAUCUCUACAGUCAGGGCCACAGAGCAGAGCCAACCCUCGCCCCUCCAACUCAGACCGAUUCCCCACAGGAGGAACACACAGUGUCGGAUAGGAAACGGAGACAUCUGGAUCCAGCUGUCCCUUUGCCGGUUGCUGUGGUGAUAGUGUACAAAUCACUGGGGAAGCUCCUACCAGAGAGAUACGACCCUGAUCGCAGAAGUCUGAGGCUCCCCAACCGCCCCGUUAUCAACACAGCCAUCGUCAGUGCCACGGUGCACAGCGAGGGUCCUCCUAUUCCUCCUGUCCUGGAACCCCCGGUCACCUUAGAGUACACCUUGCUUGUGGAAGAGGAGAGAACAAAACCUGUCUGCGUUUUCUGGAACCACUCCAUAGCGAUCGGAGGAACAGGCGGCUGGUCCUCUAAAGGUUGCGAGGUGCUCAACAGGAACAACAGCCACAUUAGUUGUCAGUGUAACCACAUGACCAGCUUUGCUGUCCUCAUGGAUAUUUCCAAAAGAGAGAAUGGCGAUGUUCUGCCCCUGAAGAUCGUCACCUACACUACGUUGUCAGUCUCCCUCUUCCUCCUCCUGCUCACCUUCAUCUUGUUGUGCCUCUUGCGGCGGCUCUGCUCCAACCUGCACGCAAUCCACAGGAACCUGGUGGCAGCGCUGUUCUUCUCUGAACUCGUGUUCCUCCUUGGCAUCAAUCAGACUGAGAAACCGUUUGUAUGUUCAGUGAUAGCCAUCCUCCUCCAGUACUUUUACCUGUGCACCUUUGCCUGGAUGUUCGUGGAAGGGCUCCACAUAUACCGCAUGCUGACCGAGCUGCGGAACAUCAACCACGGCCACAUGAGGUUCUACUACGCCAUAGGCUGGGGUAUACCAGCUGUGAUUACAGGUCUGGCAGUUGGUCUUGACCCUGAGGGUUAUAGGAACCCAGAUUUCUGCUGGCUCUCCAUCCAUGACCAUCUCAUCUGGAGCUUCGCAGGACCGAUCUUUGUAGUUGUACUGGUCAACAUAGUGAUUUUCAUCCUGGCUGCAAAGGCCUCAUGUGGUCAUAGGCAGAAGGCUGUGGAGAGGUCAGGAGCAAUUCCGGCACUCCGAAUGGCCUUCAUCCUUCUGGUACUCAUCUGUGCGACCUGGCUGCUUGGCCUACUGGCGGUCAACAGUGACGUAAUGACCUUCCACUAUUUGUUAGCUGUUUUCAGCUGUCUGCAGGGAGUCUUCAUCUUCUUCUUCCAUGUGAUCUUCAACAAAGAGGUAAGGAAGAACCUCAAGAACUUCUUCACAGGGAAGAAGAGCAUACCAGACGAGUCCAGCACCACGAGAGCAUCUCUGCUCACACGCUCUCUCAACUGCAACAACACGUACACAGAGGACGGGGCGUUGUACCGCUCAGGCAUCGGAGAGUCCACUGUCUCCCUCGACAGCACACUCAGGUCAGCCAAGAGCCGCAGCAGCUACCUGGCAUUCACACUCAGGGAGGAGUCUGGUCAGAAGCCCAGUGUCUCCUCAGGAACAGCUAAAGGACACACAGACAUGGAUGGACCUCUGUUCCACAGAAAGGGCACCAAAGGAGAUGACUCUGACUCUGACAGCGAGCUGUCAGUGGAUGAACACAGCUCCUCCUAUGCCUCCUCACACUCUUCUGACAGCGAGGAUGUUGACAUGGACGUCAAGCCCAAGUGGAACAACGAGAGACAGCCAAUUCACAGCACACCUAAAGUGGAUUCAGUAUCCAAUCAUGUGAAGCCUUACUGGCCAACAGAGGCCACCACAGCCAGUGACAGUGAGGAUCAUGGUGGGGCCGAGAGGUUAAGGGUAGAGACCAAGGUGAAUGUGGAGCUACAUGCGGAGAGUAAGCUCAACCACAUUGGGGAAAGAGAGAAGGAGACUCUCCAGGAAAGAGACAAACAAACAGCCGGUAAUGUUAGAGACAUAGCGCCCACUAGCCAGCCCAACAGCAACAGCACCCACCAACCAGAGCAAAGAAAAGGUAUCUUAAAGAACAAGAUCAGCUACCCUCCUCCACUGACCGACAAGAACAUGAAGAACCGCCUGAGGGAGAAGCUGGGCGACUACAACACCCCGACUAUUACCUCCCCUCCUCCUCCGAACAACAACCACACCUCUCCGUCACCUCCCUCCUCUCUCAACAUCAUGACCCCUUCAUCCCAGCCUCCCGCUCUGGCCCUGAACGACGGCAGUCGCCCGAGCAACCACGACAACAGCGCCCCCGUCAAGCCACCCACGGGGACAAAGCCGCAGAUUCCCACUGGGCCCCCGACGGCGGGCAUCUACCGAGAGACCAACGGAGGGGUCGCAAUGCAUUUGAAGACAGAGGCACUAAAUGGAGGCAACGAGUCUGACUCAGACGGCAGUAACGAGACUUCAAUCUGACCCGCUAGGACAACGCAGAUCAGCCCCGUCUUUGUGAGAGAUGGAAUGCAGAACCUGAAUGCCUGACAGGUUUCUGCAGAUGGUUUGAAAUUUGGGAAGGGGGGGGGGGGGGAAGUAUUCUCCGAGUCAGUCAGUCAAUCAAUCCCUCCUUUAAUGUUUCCUCUCUCAGGAGAGCAGUAUUAAUUUGCAGACUUUAAGACUGCCCAAGACAAGACAAUGAACAGACAAUGGAAAGAUGUGAGAGAAAUUAAAAGGGAAAGCUAUGUUUGACUUUACUACGAGAGGAUACAAUGGAGCCAUAUGUGCCAAAAAGCCACUGUUGGAAUGGAGACGAAGAGUCAGAAGAUGAAAAAAGAACCCCGGGCCAUGAUGCACUACAAGGCACAAACUGUUGUUGAUGCGUGGUGGUUAUGUAUGUGAUGGCUCUUUACAUUGACCUAUCAACAAAGCCUGUGUGACGUAAGUGGACAGCUUGUUUCUCCUGAAUAAAGGCAGAAGUUUAUUUUCCUGUGCAUGAACACGGAGUCAAUCAUGCACCAAGGCAUUGUGCUGUCUGAAAAGAUUUCAAGAACUACAAAUCCCUCGAUAGAAGAGUCAGACAAAAUCGGAUUCAGCCUGUUCUUGUUGAUCUAUUGCCAUAUCCAAUGGGACUACGACACAUCAAGGGCUCUUUUUCUUUCCCUUUUAACUCAGAGAAAGGCUUCCUCAGCCUCUCAACGCAGUGCAUUUAGAGUGUAACGAAUGAGUAGAUGUUGUGAAAUGUGAAAGGCAAAUGAUUUCUUUCUUUUUCGAGCCGCAGCAAGGACACUUUUUUUUUUAAACGAAACAAAUAUUUUGACUGUAAAUUGGAAACGCUUAUCAAUCGUACAAAUCACUUGACUUGCUCGUAGUGUUGUAGUACUUGAAAGCAGUCUCAGAUCUCAAGACCGGACUCGAGACCAAUUUAUGAAGUUCUCAGAGUCUAAAUCAUUUUUACUCAGUCUUGUCUUGGUUAUGGACUAGGCUGACUCCAGAUCUUAAAUCAAGACCACCACUGUUCGGUUAGUUUUCCAUGUCAUUACUGUGAUUAGAACAAAAAAUGCCCCUUUCUAAGAGAAGGAAUAACUUCCAUUCAUUAAUAAUUUAAUUGUUAUUCCCCUGGUUACAGCUGCAACCUUCCCGGUGUUACACUCCCAAUGCACACAAGAUGAUGAUUGUCCAGUGAUAUUUAGGGUCUUGGUCUUGUCUCUGUCUCGCCAUGCCUUGGUCUUGACUUGGUCUCAAUCCCUAAAUGUAUCGGUCUUGUCUCGGUCUCUGAGCACUCUGGUCUCGGGCAUGUCUUGGUCUUGACUACAACACUACUUGCUAGUUGAAUCAGCUGACAACUGUCUCCACUGUGUGCCUUCAACCUAAGCCUUAUACAGACACUCCCAUCAUGGAUUCAAGACUUCAAUAUUCAUGUUUAAAAGUAACCUAACAUGUCGGAAUAGUACACCCACACACUCUGAGACAUUAUUCUACUUUAAAAGCCUUUUGUUCCUCAUUUGAGCACUAUGAACCCUAAGCCUUCUUUCCUAGUGUCCAUACUGCCUUUGUGUCCAAUACAACACACUCCUGGUUACCAAAGUCAUGAAAUACAGUGAAUGUGCACACCGACUUCACUUUUCAUUCUCUUCUGUUUGUUGAAUUUUUAGUAUUUAGGACACAUGCUUUCUUUUCAGGUAUCUGAUGAUGGAUCACAGCUGAUUAACAUUUGAAGUCCAAACAUGACAAAGAUGGACCUUUUCAGAAUAAAUAAAGAGUCGUUAUCUAAUGCUGAUUUUCUGAGUUCAAAAAAUAAGAAAUUAUGCCAACUCUUGUGCAUGUUGCAGCUAAUAUGAGGAAACUCAAAUCUUGUUUACCACUCACUGAAUGCCUUUUUAUUAUACUGUACGUGGUGUACAACCCCAGUGUUUAGCCCUCGUGUGAUCAAUGCUGUUUGUAAAAUGUCCCCCUUUUUUUUUUUUAUUGAUCUGAGACACUGGAAAUGUUUUUGUAACAUAAUGUAUAUUUAUUUUUUAUGCUUUGAAGACACUGGAAAGUAAAGACUAUUGUCUCUGUAAAAUUAAAAGAUGACAUGAAUGAUUUUUAA